GAGAAGAGCGCGGCGUAGAGUGCAGGCGGGCUUCGCCGAAAAGCCGGACUCGGCCGGCGCCGGGUUCUGGGAUCGCCGCCUGCAGCCAUGACCCUAGCAGUCCAUCCCUCGGCCCCGGCUCCGGACGUCUGAUAUCCCGCACAGUCUCCUACAGCUGCUGGAGAAGCGGCCGCUGCCCCCUCGUCGCCCUUGGCGCCCUACCGCAUUCCCUAUCCGGAGCUGGGAGCUGCGCGGCCACCGGCGCCCCUGUGCAAACUGGGGGUGUCUGCUAGAGCAGCCUCCGCCGCUGCUGCCCGCGGCUCUGGCCAUGGCUUGGCAGGGCACAGGGCCAAGCGUCCGGGGGAUGCCUGGAGGCGUCAGGCUCAGGCUGGGGCUGCUGCUGCUGCAGUUGCUCCUGCUCCAGCGGCCCGCCCUGGGGUUCGGGGACGAGGAGGAGCGGCGUUGCGACCCCAUCCGCAUCGCCAUGUGCCAGAACCUCGGCUACAACGUGACCAAGAUGCCCAACUUAGUGGGACACGAGCUGCAGACAGACGCGGAGCUGCAGCUGACAACUUUCACGCCGCUCAUCCAGUACGGCUGCUCCAGCCAGCUGCAGUUCUUCCUUUGUUCGGUUUAUGUGCCAAUGUGCACAGAGAAGAUCAACAUCCCCAUCGGCCCGUGCGGUGGCAUGUGUCUUUCAGUCAAGAGACGAUGUGAACCAGUCCUGAAAGAAUUUGGGUUUGCCUGGCCGGACAGCCUGAACUGCAGCAAGUUCCCACCCCAGAACGACCACAACCACAUGUGCAUGGAAGGACCAGGUGACGAAGAGGUACCCUUGCCCCACAAAACUCCCAUCCAGCCGGGGGAAGAGUGCCACUCCGUGGGAACCAAUUCCGAUCAGUACAUCUGGGUGAAAAGGAGCCUGAACUGUGUUCUCAAGUGUGGCUACGAUGCUGGCUUGUACAGCCGCUCAGCUAAGGAGUUCACGGAUAUUUGGAUGGCCGUGUGGGCCAGCCUCUGCUUCAUCUCUACCACCUUCACUGUGCUGACCUUCCUGAUUGAUUCGUCCAGGUUUUCUUACCCUGAGCGCCCCAUCAUAUUCCUCAGUAUGUGCUAUAAUAUUUAUAGCAUUGCUUAUAUUGUUCGGCUUACUGUAGGCCGGGAAAGGAUAUCCUGUGAUUUUGAAGAGGCGGCAGAACCCGUUCUCAUCCAAGAGGGACUUAAGAACACAGGAUGUGCAAUAAUUUUCUUGCUGAUGUACUUUUUUGGAAUGGCCAGCUCCAUUUGGUGGGUUAUUCUGACACUCACUUGGUUUUUGGCAGCCGGACUCAAGUGGGGUCACGAAGCCAUUGAAAUGCACAGUUCUUAUUUCCACAUCGCAGCCUGGGCUAUCCCUGCCGUGAAAACCAUUGUCAUCUUGAUUAUGAGACUAGUGGAUGCCGAUGAGCUGACUGGCCUGUGCUAUGUCGGGAACCAAAGCCUAGAUGCCCUCACCGGCUUUGUGGUGGCACCUCUCUUUACCUAUUUGGUGAUUGGAACUCUAUUCAUUGCUGCAGGCUUGGUGGCCCUCUUCAAAAUUCGGUCAAAUCUUCAAAAAGAUGGGACCAAGACAGACAAGUUGGAAAGGCUAAUGGUCAAGAUCGGGGUCUUCUCGGUCCUGUACACGGUUCCUGCGACCUGUGUGAUUGCCUGUUAUUUCUAUGAAAUCUCAAACUGGGCACUCUUUCGGUAUUCUGCAGAUGACUCAAACAUGGCAGUUGAAAUGUUGAAAAUUUUUAUGUCUUUGCUCGUGGGCAUCACUUCAGGCAUGUGGAUUUGGUCUGCCAAAACUCUUCACACGUGGCAAAAAUGUUCUAACCGAUUGGUGAAUUCUGGGAAGGUAAAGAGAGAGAAGAGGGGGAAUGGUUGGGUGAAGCCAGGGAAAGGCAACGAAACUGUGGUGUAGGACUAGCUAGCUUCCACUUUCCUCAUUUUGAAGGAAAGGAUGCAGUGAAUCUCAGUUUGAACAAACUAGAAACACUUCAGCACACACACACACACACACACACACACACACACACACACGUCAGCCCACCACCCCUCACCCAACUCAGCGUCAGAACACUAAUGAUUUUGAUGUAGACUUUGGAAUGGUCCAAAAUGGAAAAGCCAGUUCGAGGCUUUCAAAGCUGUGAAAACUCAAAACGUCAAUCACUUUAGCAGGUCACACAGCUUGGAGUCUGAGGAGGUCUCCCUGAGAUUCCUAAGUCCAAGACUGAUGGCGUCUGCUCCUACUGGGUGGGACUUCAGCUGUGAGUUAAUAGCGUGCAAGGAGAAAGAUUAAUUUUUAAAACUCUUUUAAAUUUUAAAUAGUAACUAGGUCUUGCAGAUAGCAAAGUGAUCUAUAAACACUGGAAAUGCUGGGUUGGGAGACGUGGUGCAGAGUUUUAUAGUUUGGCUGGCCUAACAUAAACAUCUUCUGGCCUCCACUGUCUGCUGUUUAGAACUCUGGAGCGCACUCCCAAGAGGUGGUGUCAAAAUCCUUCAGUGCCUUUGUCGUAAAACAGAAUUGUUUGAGCAAACAAAAGUACUGUACUAACACACAUAAGGUAUCCAAUGGAUUUCUCUCUGUUCUUAAAUUUCAACGUCCCUAAUUCUAGGCAGCCCCUGUUUUCUUCACUUUACACUAAUGACUCAAAAAAAAGUUAUUUUUAUAGGAAUUUUUUUGCACUGCAGCAUGCCUAAUGAGAGGAAAAGGAAAGGUGAUUCAUUUUCUGACAAUCACUUAAUUCAGAGGAAAAUGAGAUUUACUAAGUUGACUUACCUUACCGACCCCAGAGACCUAUUGCAUUUAGCUACGUUAGCAAUUGGGACUUAAAAUAUUUUAGUUUGUGUGAUUGCAUCUAGGCAGACGCCAGUCUGGAAGAACUGAAAUGUUAAAUUUCUUGGCAACUUUGCAUUCACACAGAUUAACUGUGUAAUUUGUGUGUGUCAAUUACAAUUAAAAGCACAUUCUUGGACCAUGACAUAGUAUACUCAAUUGACUUUAAAACUGUGGUCAACUUGCAUUCUUAGUGUGAUAGUGCCUUUCCCCCCCUGUAGCAUAAGAAUGUUAUCAGAGUUUGGUCUGCUUGCCACAAUGGAGACUUAUUCAACUUUGCAAAGGCAACUAAGGACAGCAGAUCCAAAUACUUGGUGCAUAAUUGUUCCUUAGUAAUGGGCAAAGGCUCCUUAUAAGAUUUCAUUGGAGGCAGUGUGGCCUGGAGUAUUUAUAUGAUGCCUAAUGAACCUCCAGAAUGCCAGCCAGAAGCUGGAUUGGUUAGCAGGGGAUACGGUGUAGACCGAGUGAAAUGAGCUGCAAAGUCUAACAGCGCAAGUCUUAAUUGCCUUUUCUGGGGUAUCCAAAGCCUUUAAAAUUUAUGCUUUAAGUCCCUCACAAGGGGGUACCCGCUAGCAACCUAUCAAAAGCUGAAGUUCCUUUAAAAUCAUGACUGGCCUUUUGCUUAACCUGCCUUAGGCCUUUUAAUCACCAGAUCUCUGGGACAAAACAUUGUACAUGCCACAGGUUGCUCUCCUUGUGUUUCACACUCGCCUGCUUCAGCAACUGCAGUUGUUCAUUGAGUGGAGUUUAUAGUAAGAGAGCUCUUAAUGUUUUGUCCAGUCACACUUUGUAGAGAAACAUGUCAGCGACUCCAAAUCCCAAAUAGGUGUGCAGAUUCAUUCUCUCUCUCUCUCUCUCUCUCUCUCUCUCUCUCUCUCUCUCUCUCUCUCUCUCUCCCCCUUCCCUCCCUCCCUCCCUCCCUCCCUCCCUCCCUCCCUCCCUUCCUCCCUCUCGGUUUGAGCUUUGUCUCUGACUGUAUAUUUUACUUUCUCCCCAUACCCUUUGGUUUUGCAAGUUCUGUAGAUGUCUGUUACCAAGAUGCAUAUAAGACCCAUAGUUGUGUUUGAAAAGGAGAGUCGUGGGGCUUGUGAGAUAGAGAUCUCGGUGAACCUGGAUGGCCCCUGGUCAUUUUCAGUCUGAGUACCUAAACUGGACUGGGGCAUAAGGCUCCAGGAGCAUGAGAACUGAUCCACGGAAGGGCCAGUUUAACUCCUGAAUGUGCUGCUUCUGAGCACAUUCUGGGGCGAAAUGGACACGCCCCGUGCUGCUUGCAGACAGUUCCCAUAGCUGUCCAGGGCCCUGGAGUGUGCACCCAAGGGCAGAUUCUGCCCUUACUCACGCUCUGCUUCGGUGUCUUGGGAGUUGUGCAGUGACUCUGGCACAGGAAAGGGAUGAAGAGCAAGGCAGUAGCUGACUAGCCAGGCUGUACAGGCUUCCUAAAGCAAUUCUCUUUGUAAUGCUUCAGUGAUUGUAGGGCCAGGACUGCAGCCUCCAAAGAGCAAGCUGUAGGUGCUGGGCUUGUUUCAACAAUAACCAUGGCAACAGCAACCCCUUAGGUGAAACCAGCCACCUGCGUUCUGAAUUCUAGAGCCAGUGAGUGUACUGACACUUUUUCUAUCUUCUCAAGCACUUUGCCCUUUCAGGGGGAAGUUAAUGUUUGAGCAAAGGGACCUGGCAGUUCAGACUAGUUUAAUAGUCUCAACAACACCACAGAGUUUCCGGCCGUCCCUUUCCUAUCUCAUGCACACUGGAGAGAAAUGGCUCCACUUUCCAGGAAAUGAACUCGGUGACUGAGGAGUCCCUUACAAUGCCCGACAAGAACCUGUAUCACUUCUUCCCAUCAUUACCACAAAUCUCUUUCUAGGUCUCUCUACCUCCCCCAUAAUUCCUUCUAAAUUAAUGGCAGAAAGCACCAGCUCUGGUUCAUGACAAUCUUCAUAUAAACUCCCUAGGAAAACAGAGUAGGCCCGAAGAACUGGCUCCAGCAUCUAACUGUGGCUUUGGGGAUAGGAGGGUCAGGGUUUGGGUUGUUCCGUGGGACUUACACAGGCAUAUUUGAGGACAGCGGCAUGCUGAGGAGAAAGUAAGGUUUGUUUUCCUUCCUCUGAGAUCUGGAGUACGUAUGCACAAUUGUAAUUUUCAAGGAAAGUCCUCAAGUUUCAGAUAUUCUACUAAGCACAACUAAGGGCACCACUGUCCAACCUCCUCUUUGAUAAACUACUUGAUCUUGCUUCAUAAAAGCCAGACCAUAAAGCACAGGAGCCCUGUGUAGGGUAGAAGUGGCCAGAGCCACCUGGCUGAGCUACUCAGCUGAUCAUAUCUUUCUUCCUUUACGGUGACCCACUUCCUGGUUGCUGAGAUGGCUUCGGAGCUGGCACGGUGCCCAGAGGCCUGAAACAAGGGACAGGUGACAGACACUAUUUCCUUAGAGUUCCCUUUCUGUCAUUCCCUCACGUGUACCCUAACCCUCAUGUCCAUAAAGCCAGAACCAGAGACCUAUCAUUACCAGAUUCUGACCUGUGGUCACAUUUAACUCGUCCAACUGUGUACUCAGCCCUUUGCUCACAGAAUUUAGUGUCUUUGGUAUUGAGUGCAAUGUUGGGCCAUGGGACAUCGCGAUGAAGUUGACAUCCUCAGUCCCCAAAGAGCAGGUACACUUGAAAGAGGUCUCACCCAUGAGUGGCAGUUAGGAAGGGAAACCAAGAGGGCAUGGACUUUGGCAGGAAGUGCUUCAUGUGUAAAUUCUAUCCUGAGACGGAGGGCAGUGGAGAAAGUUGCCAUCCCUACCAGUCAUGACGAGCCCCCGGACUUGGGCAGUGCUCUUUGUCUUCUUAUUGUAUUUGACUUCAGAGUCCCCGUCUGAGUGUGCAGUGUGUCUGUCAAAGGACCCAGGUUAUCUUUUUCCCUUCAUGCCUAGGACAAAGAACUUGGAACUCCCGAGAGAGCAUUUUGCUCCUACAAAUGAUCAGAUACUGAAGUCCCAAGUAAUAGAUCUUGUUCCACUGGCUCCUGGAUCGAGUUCUCUGCUCCUGCCUUUCCCCAUGCAGUUUGUGCAGUAAUGGCCCAGUGCCAAGAGGAAGUGUAUCACGCCCCCACCCCACCCAGACAUGCUUGUUCCCCUGAAAAUCACGUUUGUGUCAUCAUCAUCAUCAUCAUCAUCAUCACCAUCACCAUCACCAUCACCAUCACUUGUCUUUGUCUUUCAUUUGCCUUAUUUUCCUUCUAAGCAGCGCUCAAUUCCUAGUAGUCUCCCGAGCAGUUGGUAAAGAGUCUCGAAUGAGCCACUUCCUCAAAGCACUCGUGCCUGCCAGAGCUCCCGGAAUGUUCCGCUAGUGACUAGUGUCAUCCCGGAAAGCUGAAACAGGGUGACAACAACUCUGCCCCACGAAGCUCAGGUUCGUCUCCCCUCCCAGGUUGAGCACAUUUCAAAGUCCUGAGAGUUUAGCAGGCUGGGGCCUUGACUUUACUGUGGCUGUGGGGAGCGGUAAGUUGGUUUCUAGAAUUUCCAUAGUGCCACAUCCAGACACUUCUGAGUUCUUCUACCUCACAGGGACGGUGUGAGGCUAUAGAAGGCCUCGGGGUGAGGCCCCUUGGCUCUUCAUAAGAAGGAUGAACUAAAAUAAUAAUCCCAGUCUGCAAGCCGAUAAAAUACAGUUAGAAGUCUUUUGUGCAGCAGUUUACCCAGAUGCUCUCUGCCUUUUACGUGGAUCCUCGUGCCUUUCAGUAACUGCAGAACCCUGGAGGCAACCUGGGGCCAUUCGGAUGCUUAGUGUAGAGGUACCUGGCAAACCCCUGCUAUCCAUGCCCUGAACAAAUUGCUGAAUUUCCAAGGAAAUAUAUCCCCCUUUUUAAGGAUGUACAAAAGUGUGUCUACAUUGAUGUCUGUACUGUAAAUUUCUAAUUUAUCACUGUAUUAAAAAACUUGCUAUUUAAUUUUUGUAUUAAAGGAAAAUAAAGUUUUGUUUAUUGA